UUAGCAGCAACUGGAGCACUCGCCGAGCCUGUUGCUGCACGUCUUCUGUGGGGUUGGUUCAGGGGAAAAAAGAAAAAAACAUACACAGGCCACGCCUCUUACCCUGGAGUCAACUUUUGCAUUGACAAGUACACAGAGACACUAAAGGACAAGUCGAGUGAGUUUCCUGUCUCCGAACGAGGACUAUGUGCAGACGGGAGGGCAAUGGCAGAGGCCGGCGCACUUGAAGAACUCCAAUCGGAACUCACCUGUCCAGUGUGUCUGGAGCUCUUUCGCGAUCCUGUCAUCCUCGAGUGCGGGCACCACUUCUGCCAAGUUUGCAUCAUUCAGUGCUGGGAGGCCAAGGCGGAAGAGCAGUCCACUUGCCCAAAGUGCCGCAAAACUUGCGCGAGGAAACUGCGGCCAAACUCGCUCCUGUGUAACGUGGUGGACAGCGUGCGUCGAGCCCGGGCCAUGGACUCUGCCGCCGCCUCCGCGGGUGGGGCAGGCGCGCCGCCGCUGCCUCCCGGCUGGGUCCCGGAAGAUCUGCUGGAGGAACGAGAACCCGGGUCCAGCAUGAGCAGCAUCGCCUCGUCCGUCGGGCACUGGCCGCGCCUGUUCGGAAUGGACAUGUGCGAGGAGCAUGAGGAGAAACUCAAGCUCUACUGCGAGGAUGACCAGUUGCCGAUAUGUUUAGUUUGUGGCAUGUCCCGGGACCACAAGACGCACAAUGUCAUCCCCAUCAACGAGGCCUUUGAGAACUAUAAGCAUAAACUGUCUCUGGCUCUGGAGAGAGUUCAGCAGCAGUCGGAGGAUGCCUCACUUUUCCAAAAAGAAACAAAUGAAAAAAUCCUUCUCAUUAAGGAGCGAUCAGGGGAUCUGGAGGACAUGGUGACUGUGGAAUUUGGCCGUCUGAGGGAGUUCCUCCAGGAGGAAGAGGAUCGCAUCAAGCAGAAACUGCAGAAGCAAAAGGAGGAGAAGCUCACUGAGCUGGAGGAGGCGCUCACAGAGGCCGCACAGCAAAGCAGCCAGCUGGAAAGCGCCGCUGACCAGCUUCACCUCAAACUGAUGGAGGAAGAAAACCCUGAGCAACUCAAGGGAAUUAAAGAUUUUAUUGGCGGGGCUGAGAACUUGUUUGAGCGCCCCCCGGAGGUGAGUGUGGAUCUGCAGUCUGGAGAGUUUGUGGGACCUUUGCAGUACAGGACCUGGAGGAAAAUGAUGGCAGUGUUUCAGCCUGCUGUGACCGCGGUGUCAUUGGACCCGAACACGGCCUACCCCUGCCUGUGGGUUUCCUCAUGUCGCACCAAGGUUCAGGUGGGUAAGAUCCAGCCCAACCUGCCCAACAACCCGGAACGCUUUACUCGCUACAACAUCGUGCUAGGCACGGAGGCGUUUUCCUCGGGCAGACACUACUGGGAGGUGGAAGUGGGCUCCAAGACGGCGUGGGGCCUCGGCGUGGCCCGAGCCUCCGUCAACAGGAAGGAUGAGAUCAACCUCUGCCCGGAGGACGGUUUCUGGACCAUGGUGCUGAGGGACAACGGAGAUGGCACCUGCGAGUAUGAAGCAUGCACGGACACGGAGGAGGAUAGUUUGUUGUAUCCGGCCAAACCUCCCAGGCGGGUGGGCGUCUAUCUGGACUGCGGCCGCGGUGAGGUGGCCUUUUACGACGCCGGAGACAUGAGCCACCUGUUCACCUUCUACGAUGCCAAAUUCAACGAGCCAGUUUACCCAUAUUUUAAUCCCUGGCCUAUUAUUAAAGGCUAUAACUGGGAGCCGCUGACCAUUGUCACGCCACACUGGGGAUAGUUCAAUCAGCACAUUUAGAUGCAAGAUGUUGAAACAAGAUUUCUGAGUCAAUGUAAUGUAUUGCGAAAAGCUUCAUGUUGACAGUGAACUCCCGUAUAUUUGCGUUUUGGUUUUUGCAAACUAACCUAUUUGUUGAUUUUUUUUUUCAAACUAUACUCCGUUAUUUGCUGAAGAAAUACAUGACAAAUGACAGUAUUCUUUUGCCGUUAGUGUCUUAGUAUUGAUGUGAGUUGAGAAGCAUUAUUUAGACGAAAAGUAGUCAUUUGCCACCAUUUAAUGGCAUCAGUAUAGGGAAUUAUAGUACAGUCCCUAACCCUCGUGAAUAGCAGAGGUUCACUGUAAUGUGCAUAGGAAAAAAAACAUCAACAACAUUAAAAGGACAAAAGCAAACAAAUAGCACAAUAAAGGAAACAACACUUUUGCAAUCAGGAUUUAUUUUUAUUUUUGCCGUUGGGGUACGUUAACAUGCCCAAAAACAUGAUUAUGCUGGUGAAAAUGCAUGAAUGUAUUUUAGAUGUCCCAUUUCCAACAUGACCCCUAAGAACUCUCAAAAUGUGCUUCCUUGCAAAUUGGAGGGGGAGGAAAAACUGCCUUUGACGCCUGUUUGUUCAACAUAAAAUUGAGUGGCCAUGUUUAUUAUAAGAAGAUUCUCAAAAAAGCAAAUUCUGGGGCUCAUGUUUAGACAAACAUCUACUCUGGAAUUUGCCAUACAAGGCGCAAUGCAAAAGAGACUAAAAGGUGUUUUUUAGGACUCCUUUUUGUGCAAUAUGCUAGUACACUGGGUUUUACAUUGUUAUUCAAAUUCUUAACUAACUUGAUAUUCAGUUUACAAUGAAUAUAUCUAGACUUUUUUUUGCCCUUACAAUUAUGAAAAUCCAGCUCACUAAUAGGACAACUUUCUCACUGGUAUUUUUCCCCCCCACUAAAUGGACAAAAAGCUCAUUGAUCUCCAAAUUGAGGUCCAUGUACUAGUAUGCUAUUAGUCCUCACAAGUGGGACAACUCUUGCUCUUUAGUAGGACAACAACAUUUUACUGCUAUGUCCUAAUUGACAGCAGUGUGGUGCCAGUACUACUCGUGACAGUCCAAAAUUCCACGAGUUAACAUCUAUUGAUUCACAAGUAGUAAUACUAGUCGUGUGUACAUCUUUAAGUGAGCCUUUAAUUAUCAGGCACAAUGUUUUUUGUGAGUUAUUGUUAUAAUGGAUUAACACAGACGAGGCAGAGUUGUAACAAAGAACCAUUACGGACGUAAACCUACUGUUUAUAGUUUCACCCUACCGCUAUGAAUAUCUUAUGUCCAAGUUAAUCCACUGAUUAGAUGUCACCUCAUAUGGCAUUCUACGUACAACAAGCUUCUUUUCCAGUGCCAGCUUGAUAAAUAACAUUUGUGCUAGUAGAGCCAAUUGGAUAUCUGUCACCUGCAAUGCAAACAAAUAAAUAAUGAGAGGAAGAA